AAUUACAUGUGAGAGUAAUCAAACUUUCAGUAAUCCUUCCCAUGGUUCCCAAACUUCUCUUCUCUUCUCUUCAUAACUCUGAUAAGCACUCUUCUGGUUAGCUGCAAUGCAGCAUCCGAUGCCAAUGAAAAGGUAUGAAAUUUGUGUUUAUAAUGAAACAUCUGAGUGUUUUAAUCCAUGUUCAGAUUUCUUUUCUUCUUGUAAAUUUCGACAUGCUGAUGCAGGUAUUCAUUGUAUACAUGGCAGCUUACUUGUUGCAAGUGAAAUUUGAGAAGGCUUGGCAACUGCCUUUCCAUUUGCUUGGAGGAGGACCAAACCCUUCAUCACUGAAACUCUCCGAUUCAGGCCAAAUUCCGGUGUCUAACAUUCCAAAAAUAACGUCGCUCUCAAUUUUUGUUCUUUCAACGUCUUCAAGGAAUCCCAUGAAGUCCCAUGAUCUUGUUGUGUGGAGCUGCUUUUUGGUGUUAGGGAAUACAGACACUACUGUGUCCAUGCCUAAUCAUCUUGGCAACAAAGUCAUUGAAGCUUUUGCGAUACAUAUAUUUAAUACGUACUUAGGCAUGGACACAGUAGUGUCUAUAUUCCCUAACACCAAAAAGCAGCUCCACACAACGAGAUCAUGAGACUUCAUGGGAUUCACUGAAGACAUUGAAAGAACAAAAGUUGAGAGCGACAUUAUUGUGGAAUGUUAGACACUGGGAUUUGGCCUAAAUCAGAGAGUUUCAGUGAUGAAGGGUGGUCCUCCUCCAAGCAAAUGGAAAGGCAGUUGCCAAGCCUCCUCAACAUGUUUUAAAAAUGGGGGUAAAAUAUUUAAUCUCAUUUUUACAGCAUUAUUUGUUUUGCUUAUUUAAAAAUGCAAUGGUUAAAUAUGUCUUUGUACUCAGUAAAAUACAAUGAUAAAAUUUUAUUAAUCAAUGUCACAUUAUAUAAUAAAUAAUAUUACUCUUAAAAAUGUGACGAGUUUCAAAAUAGAACAACAAUCAAUCACGGCUGCUCCACGUUUUUGCCAUGGGGAAGUAAAAGGUCUCCGCCAACUACGUAUCAAAGUUGAUGUAAAGACAAAGAGUGUAACACGUGCCUACAAAAAAGUCUUAUUGUACCAAUGAGAAAAAACAAUUUGGACCAAGUAUUUUUGUGCUCCAUAUGAUAAUUCGGCAUAAUUUAUACAUAAUUGAAAAAGAUCUUUAAAUUGACACAA